GAAACAUCCAUCUCAAAAUACGCCAUCGUCACGGUACAGGCCUCACCAUCAUAGACAUCGGCGCCACCACCAUAAUCACUGCCAUAGAUACUAGCUGCAGCAGCAUCAGUAAAUACCACCGCCACAAAUAUAUAUAUAUAUAUAUAUAUAUAUAUAUACAUAUUAUCAGUUCUGAUAUAACUUCUACGCCACCAAGCCACUACGACCACCACCUCUUAGCACUUUGUUAUCAUAGACGGCACACAGCCGUCCACCAUUAUCACUACCAACAUAAACAUCGUCGCCGUAGAUACCAUCAUCAUCAACGUCAUUACAAAGUACCAUCAGCUUUCAAACGGAAAAAAAGAAAACCAAAGCACCAGCCGUGGAACCUUACUACAUCGCCACUGUCUCAUCAGGCCUCAUCUCCGCAGACUGCACUACCAUUCCAUCACAGUCGCUUUCACCAAGAACAUUGCCAUUGUAGAUACCAUCACCGUCAGUGCGAAACACUACUGGCUCAAACAAAACAAAACAAAACAAAAGCAACAAAACACGGCCCUGCUGCUGUAAACCCCUACACUACACCACAGAAGCGCCGCUGUGCUACGGGCUACACCAGCGCCACAUACAUAUUAAUGUGCAUCAACACCACUGCUACAGAUAUCAUAAUCAUAACAGCCACAGCAAAAUUAAAUGCAUAAAUAAAUAAAUAGUUAUUGAUAAAUAAACAAAAUAAUUUUUUUAAAAUGCAUUUAAGUUCUACGAACACUAGAAAGAAAAACAAAAUCUGUUCUGAAUGAAUCGCAGCUUUAAACAGAAAAUAAAAAAGCUAUCAACAAUAAUAACAACAAAAUAUAGCAACCAUUAACACUGUAACCACCACCACCACCACCAACAACACCACCACCACCAACAGCAGCAGCAACAACAACAACAGCAACAUCGCUUCUUCUUCUUUUUCUUCACUAUAGAUUUAGUUUCGUUGUAAGUUAUUUCAUCAUGGCAGCAGCUUGGCAGGCGCCAUGAUAGAAUUUAGGACCCAAAGCGAAUGCAACACUCGACGGGCAAAAAAAAACAAAAAAACAAACUGUUUUAGUUUGUAAAUGUUAGAAUAAAGAAGACUCAGGAAUACACACAACACGCGUACACACCCACAUACACACGCACGCAUAUAACACAGAUACAUACACAUAUUAGCACACCCACAUACGUACAAAAUACGCGCAUAUCCAUAAAAACACACACACAAACAUACGCACGUACAAAAUCGCUCAUAUACAUACAACCACACACACACCCACACACAUACAAACACACAGAAACAUACUCAUAUAUCAUAGGGAAUAUUUUCUGUGUUUAAGGAAAAUGGCAUUGCAUGUUUAAAUUUCUAGAGAUUUAAUUCAUAUUCUUUCAUAAAAUUCCUGAUAAGCAUUAUAAUAACAGCGGUGUUAAUUAUUGUUGUUAUUAUUAUUAUUGUUAUUAUUAUUACACUGUUUUGCAUACUUUACACAUUCAUACAUACCUUUACUUGGCUGAAUGCAACGGUUUGCCUUGGCACUUGAUAAUAUUGACUUAUAAACUCAGAGAAAUUUCAUACGUUUCUUAAAGGAACUUUAAAAAAAUACAAAUCAAAAUCACAACAUACGCAUACACACACAUAUACAGUUGCAUGUGCACGCUCAUACUUCUACCUACGUAGAGGUCUUUUAUCUUAUGGGCAGUUUAUCACAACAGAUAUGGCUGCUAGUCAUUUUACUCUUGAUUCGGAACUACAGAAAGUGAAGCUGGCCAUUCUGGGUGCUCCGGGCGUGGGUAAAACUUCGAUAAUCCAACAGUUUGUUUGCAGUCAUUUCACGGAGGAUUACGAACCAACAGAAUCCAAGCAAGUCUACAUACCGUCCGUCAUUAUCAACGAUCAUUUGUACGAACUGAAAAUCAUUGAUUCUCCUUAUAUUCCGUACUUUCCAGUAAAUUCUCUGUAUGAAUGGACAGAUUUUCGCGGCUACGAGUUGCGCAGCGCCACAGCAUACGUUCUAGUUUACGACAUCACGUCGGAGGAAAGUUUUCAGUACAUUAAAUCGCUUCGGGAACAAAUAAUCGAGAGCAGGGACAUGCAGGAUGUUCCCAUCUUCGUGGUUGGUAACAAGCACGACCAAGCCGAAGAGAGAGGCAUGUCGAGGCGGGAAGUGGCAAAUGUCGUUAAAAAACAGUGGAAGUGCGGCUACGUGGAGUGUUCAGCCAAAUACAAUUGGCACAUUGUGCUCUUGUUUAAAGAGUUAAUGAAAACAAUUGACUAUAUAGAUUACGGACAUAAACCCACGGCGAUUCGGGUACAGGACGCAUUGCGGCGCAAUAGGUGUGUCAUCUUAUGACACACUUUUUUUUAUACUGGUUAAAUUAUUUAAUAAUAAUGUUUGAUUAAAAAGUAUAAAAAAACCCCCAAAAAACCAAAUGUUGAAAAUUUUGUUACAUAUGUUUAUAUAAAGACACAAAAUUUAAUAUGUAUGUACAUAUAUAUACAUGCAUGAGUAUGAAAAAAAAAAGAUAUACAAUAACAAAUAUAUAUAUACAUAUAUAUAUGUGUAUAUAUAUAUACA